AUGUUUAUAAAGCCCUUAUGUUUAUCCUUACUGCUGCUGCAGCUAUCGGAGGCACGCUAUGGCUUUGUCCCGAAGUUCUAUGGACAAGAUAGUGCGGUAAUUGUGGACACAGAUAAAUUGGUUACACCACCAGCACCAACAACAGCCGUCCUUCCUUCUGCACCCAUUGGACAACAAACGAAUAAAGUUUCAUUGAAUUAUCCCACCAAAAUGAGAUUGCCACCACCACCAUUCCCACUGUGGCAACAUUUUCCCCGUUAUCACAUUUUCCCACCACCACCUCCCAGUCAGAUUAUUUCCAUAAAUACAUGGCCAAAGAGUAGGUUUCAGGGUACAGCUAAUACACGAAUGACCGGCAGCACUACUACUACUUCCACAACAACAACUACAGAGGCUCCAACGACUACUACUUCGACAACAACUACCACCACCACGACAACCACAACACCCAAACCCCCUAGCCGGAAUACCAAUCCAAAGACUGUCAAUAAAUUUAAAAUCGACACGGUACCCUUUGUUACAGAUGAUGAAUUCCCAAGGGAGUUAUUGGAUAUAGCCCAACAUAAAUUGGGUCUGAAGAGCCUCGAUGAAAUACCAAGUAUUUCUGAAUUGGGCCAACUUCUGGGUACCAAUAGUCCCCACGAAACUUUGGAAUAUAUUAAAAAAUUAACUGCCAAUGAACAGGGUGUGGCAUUGAUGAAGGCCUAUAUUGAAUCGGCAGAUUAUACCGAUAGUUCGGAUAAAUCCAAUGAUGGGGAUGACGACGACGAUGAUGAUUAUGAUGAGGACAUAAAUUUGGGUGACAUUAACCAACCAUUGAAAAUAAACGAUGAAGGUUUGGUGGUAAUCAGUGAUCCAGAUUCUGUUGAUGAUUAUGAAACAAAUUCUGAGGAUGAGGUGCCUACUACCACCACCGCCAGACCAGCAAGGAAGACUCCGAAAAUAAUCAAGAAACUAACGGACUUGAAAGAAAGUAAGCCCGGGCUAUGGGAACGUUUUGCCAAAUUUAUGCAUAUCAAUAAUUUGUGGCAUAAGAACGACAAACAAAAAUCCGAAUACAAUGAGGUCAAUCGUUUGACAAUCGAAGGCAAGAAAAUCAGCGCGGGGAAAGAAAAUCUAAAAUCCCAGGAUUACAAUAAUGGCAAUACCAAUAAUAAUAUACCCAUUAUCCCCUAUAACUACCCCGUUCCAUUGCGUACGGAAACCUCAAGUCCUAGUAGCUCGAUCACCACUACAACAACAACCACGACGACGACUACAACACCCAGUCCCCCACCCCAGGUGGAAUCAAAUGUCAUCCAUUUGAACACACCCAAAAUGCUAAUGCCUCAUGUCAAACAAUUAGCCAGGGUGACCAAAAUUCCACCCAAGAAAAUUGAAGAUUUCUUGGCAAGUAAACCCAAACUUCUGGCAUUGGCUAAUAAGGUUAGUCGUUUCCCCAUAGGUUAUGAUCAAACCUCACCCCUGGAAUCACAGGUUAUGUUGGCCGUCCAGAAGGCCAUUGAAAAUGAUGAGGAUUUGAAGAAGCUGCUAAGCUCAGCGGGAACUUUGAAAUAGAUUUGUG